AUGGACCUAGGACCAUCCUCGUCCAGCACCGUCUCACCUGGACCUGGGCCGCAGACGAACCGAAAGGAGCGCGGCGCCAUUGCUGCUCAGGCUUGCGAGACGUGCCGCAAUCGAAAGCAGAGAUGUGAUGAACGAAGGCCUAAGUGUGGUACAUGUCAACGAUUCAAGCUCGAAUGUCGAUACAGAGAACCCCAACCUACAAAGAAGGAUAAAACUUUAGUUGAGAUCCUAGAUCGACUCAAAAGCGUUGAAAGUAAGAUCGACCACAUGGGAACACGGGAAAACACCACCCAUCCCGUUUUCAACACUUCCCAACCCUCUACUGUCUAUCCCACGAACACGCCGUUGUUAGUCGAUCCUGAACCGCAAGACUCUCUCCCAGGGACAUCUCUGCCCCCUACGAGUCCGGCAUCUAGCCGCGAUGCAGGUGGCUACCGAUAUGACUCCUCGGUAUCCAAGGUAUCGGAAUGGCCUGUCGUGCGCCACACGUUCGAAAGCUUUGGACAGAAGCAUCCUUCACCAGUAGGUGAAAUACCUACGCUUCCACGGGGCCUACGCGAGUCUGCUGUUGCUCUGCCACUUGACGGACUUCAGCCAGUCGUGAUACAAAGCAACAGCACACUCCAGUUACCCUUGCACGUUUCGGCUUCCGCGUCUCCUCUUGGCCACAGCCCCCCCAGUGUGGACUGGGAGACAGUACAAAGGUUAAGCAAAGGCUAUUUUGAUGUCGUCAAUACUUUCUAUCCCAUCAUGGACAGGCAAUGGUUCAAUUCAAAUACACUGGGCUCAAUCAUUAGCAACGGCUUUCACGAAGGGGUAAUUUCAAGCCUUGUACUCCUCGUUCUUGCCCUUGGGGAGGUGGCCCUCACCACAUCCGAAGUAUCUAUCUCAGCCUAUAAACAGCGGCCAUCUGGUAUCAAGGGAGGCACUAUCGACAGACCGCCCGGCCUUUCUUAUUUCAACGAGGCACGGAAAAGAAUGGGAUUCGCUUUAAGCGAGGUCAGCCUGGAAAAUGUGCAGAUGCUUGCGCUUGCUGCCAUAUACUACUCCAGCUGUGGGCAAGCUCUUGAAUGUUGGAGGAUGACUGUCUCUGCUUCCUCAGCCUGCCAGGCCUUGAUUGUAAACAAACCCAACGAGCUCCACGGUCUUCGAUCAGAUCUAGUAAAAAGGACAUUUUGGCACUGUUCAAUCAUGGAGAUUUGUUUCCACAUGGAAUUUGGUUUACCUUUGACCGGACUAGACAAGUUUGAAGAGACGAUCGGUCUUCCCGACUUCAACGGAUCGGUCACUGACGAGGAUUAUAUCAGUAACCAGGCGACGCACUUCCAGGAGAAUUUUGCAGCUCAGAUUGUGCUUCACAGGCUUUCUGCCAACGUGCAUUCUGUCCUCAACAAGAGGUUUGGGCACUUCAACGGUACCUCGAGCCCUGGUAGUGCGACCGUUAUGAAGCAGCUCGAUGCGCAGCUUGAUCAGUGGCGAGGCAUGUUGCCUAUGCAUUUGAGAUGGCAAGACAAUCAGGAUAUGACCUUUUCAGAUCCUUCGCAGGGUAAUUUCAAUGACGUUUAUGCUGGACAAUCACUGCCUAGCAGUUAUAUGUUCACAUCGGAUCUUAACACACAACCAGCAACGUACCCAUUUGCAGCUGAUAUACAUGUUGCGCUCCUUCGGACACGAUACAGCUACAACAAAUACCUUAUAUAUCGCCCCUGCAUUUACAAGGUCCUCCACCACCCAGAGAGUCUGACACAGGAAGAUGCCGAAGGUGCAGCCGAAUGUCUCAAGGCGUCGCUCAAGUGGCCCAUCGCCCUAUCACCUACCUGCACCAACAAGCGACUUAUACCGAUGACGUUCUUCUGGUCCCAAAACCUUUUUGGAGUUCUGGUGCUGUUGCACCUCUCGCAACAGCAUCCAAUUAUGCUACGCAUUCGAUCAUCGCUUUGCGGGCAGCGCUUUGACGUUGAAGCGUCACAAACUGUUACGACGUAUUUGGAUUGGCUGCGCGAUAUGAAAAAGAUAGACUCAACCGCGAACUGGUGCUGGAAUAUCAUUCGACUAAUCUAUCGGCUGGACGACUAA